GGCAGUGCAGGGGUGGCCCCACAGCACGCCGCCAUGACGCGCGCAGGACCUGGCUGUCGCUCCGCCGCCGCCGGUCGGGACACCAGGCCUGGACAUCACAGACAACAGAAGGUCAAGAGGUCUCUUGGAAACAAAAAGUCUAAGCAAUUUGAGGAGGUGGAAACUACUGUCCUGGAACUGAACAGUAACUAUGAUGAGACAGUCAGCAACAUUUCUUCUGUCUCACCAACUAGUCAAGUGAACGGAAGUGCAGAGUCGAGAAGCAAGCGGAACAUUCGCAGGCCUGCUUACUGGUUGGAAAUGAGAGGAAUAAAAAACAGCAUUAACAGAUCUUCAGAGAAAAAAGGAGAAGUACUGUUGAAAUGCAAGAGGAAAUCUGAGCAAGGGGAAGGCGAAGAUCUUAAAGACUCUCCCAAGAAGAAGCAGAAGAUUUCGGGAAAAAAACAGCAAGCUGGAACACAACAAAACUCCAACACAAAAGGCCACUGUGUUCAGAAAGAACCAGAAACCUAUGGCACAGGUAGUAUGGAAGAGCGAUGGUCUCUGGAAAUUCAGGACAAAGGCCGAGUUACCUGUCCGACAUGCCGGGCUGUGGUGAGGAAGACUGUAGAAGGGCUGAAGAAACAUAUGGUAAAUUGCAGGCAGAAAAUGUUCACGUGUCAUCACUGUGGGAAACAGUUGAAGUCUUUAGGAGGGAUGAAAUACCAUGUCAUGGCAGACCAUAACAAUCAGCCAGUUGUGAAAGAGGGAGGAGAAGUUGAUGAGCAGCUUGAGCGAGACCGCCUUCGGAAGGUUUUGAAGCUUAUGGGAAAACUAAAGUGUACGAGGGAGGGCUGCACAGGCAGCUUUACUAGCAUAAUGGGAUACCUAUAUCAUGUUAAAAAAUGUGGGAAGGCUGCUUCUGAGCUGGAGAAAAUGGCUAUGAAGUGCCAUCAUUGUGGAAAAGCGUAUAAAUCAAAGGCAGGACUUGUCUACCACCUCCGAUCUAAGCAUGGGCCGGUCACUUUCCUCCAUGAGGAGAGAAGAACAGAGAGCCUGAAGAAAGUAAAACAGGAGCCAAAUAACGCAGGCAGAGUUCAGAGGAGGUCUGCAAAGGUGGCAAUCUACUAUCUCCAUGAGCUAGCUGGAGAAGAGCUGGCCAAAGAGUGGCCUAAGAGAAAAGUUCUGCAGGACUUGAUUCCGGAUGACCGGAAGCUGAAAUAUACUCGUCCAGGACUGCCCACAUUUAGUCAAGAUGUGCUGUGCAAAUGGAAAACGGAGAUAAAGAUGUACCGAAGAGUCCACUGCCCAAAUCAGGGUUGUGAAUCUGUGUAUGGCAGUGUCUCAGGACUCAAAUCUCACCUCGGCACGUGUACCCUGGGUGACUUCGUGGCUGGUAAAUACAAAUGUCUGCUGUGUGAGAAGGAGUUCAUUUCAGAGAGCGGGGUCAAGUAUCACAUCAAUUCCAUGCACGCUGAGGACUGGUUUGAUGUGAACACAAGUACCACCAAAAGCUUUGAGAAGCUAAUGAAAAUCCGCCAAAGAGAAGAGCAGAGGAAGCAACGGAAGAAACGUCCUUUGACCCGGGGCAAAAAGAAGAGAACUGGGACCCUGGCUACCAAGAAGGUUCCCACUGCAGGAGUUGAAAAAAUGAGGAGAAGUAAGAGAGGUCGUCCGCAGAGGGUGGACAAUGAGAGUGUGAUUAGUGAGGAGAGGGAGCCCCAAGUUGCACAGAGAACCAAAUUUCAAAAAAACAACUGCAAGCGAGGCCGGAGUAAAACCCUACAAGAAGAGAAGGAGUAAUCCUAAAGCUUUUUGGUUACAAGCCCCACUUCUGUCAAGCUCAUAACCCACAGCACUAAUACAAACAACUGAAUGUCUUUUGGACUGUGACUCCGUUCUACUCAGUGACCUUGAUUUUGAAACUAUUGCCUCUGGUCCAUUGUGAGAGACUUCAAACCAAAGCUGUGGUACAGAGGCUUCCUCUCCUGGUGUAGUUCCCUUGGACAGUGGCACUAGCAGUGUACCCAGUGUAGGUCCUGUUCUGGUUACAGUCUCGGUUUGGGUCACAUUAGUUCCUUGUGUAGUGGUUUCCAGUACAGCAGCUGUCUUGUUUUGUCAUCUUCCUGUGAUGGGGAGAUCAGGAUUCUUUUUUAGCAGUUCUCCCUGUAAGGACUGACUAGCCCAGUGUUUAGGUCUCUUGUAAGGGGGGGAUCCUUUCUUGCACAGUAUGCACACAAGCUAAGCAGCGCUGUGCAGAAUGCAGAGGCUUGCCCUGUAACUGCCCUGUUUGUUGUCAGCGAGACUGCCCCAGAAGAGCAAAUACCUUCCUAGCGUCUGCUCCAGUUGCACAAGGCACUGAGCUCCAUACAGCAAUGUUUCAGCUCAGCACCAGACAGUAGCACCUGAGCUCUGGUAUGCUUGGAAGUGAUGGGACAUCAUUAAUGCCCUCGUCAGGAGCCCCCUGUUUCCCUGGCAUCUGUAUUCUGUAGCACUGGGCAUUGAAUGUAUGUGGAGGGUCUUCCAGUCCAGUGAGGAAUAAUGCUCUCUCCAGCCUUUUGGAGAUUCACUGGAGUUUCAGAGACUCCCAGUAACUAAUGUAGUAAAAUGGCCUUUGUGGGCCCUCUGAAGACCAUUUGCUUCAGAUUCAGCUGGGAAACAAACGUGCUGCAAGACAGCGCAUCCCUACAGUAGCAGCCUUGCUACUGCUGAAACCCUGUUCCAUUGAGCUGCCAGUGUGGUGUUCUUUGUCGUGCCCACGCUCCCAUAGUGUCCUUUUUUCUGCACUGUAGACGCCACCUUCGUGGUCUUCUGUCACCUGUUUUCUUUUCAAUACUGCUUCCUUUCUGUGAAUGAGGCGUAUUGGCAGUGCCUUCCCUGUGUGGAAAAGGUUAGAAGAAGAGGGUUUGUUAUUUUAAGUCACUUGUUGACAUGAACUCUGGAUCAUAGAGGGUAUCUUCUUGUGCUCCGUAAAUGAAGCAGAUGUCAUAGGAGCUGGUAGGAAGCAGCAGCACAGGCAGUCCUACUCAUUCCUUCAGAGAGUGGGUUCUCCAGAAUUAUUGUUAUCCAAAGACCCACUGUACCAGGAAGUUGAAAAAUACAACCUUUUCCUUGCAGUUUUGCAGACAAGAAAAUAGGCAGCUGGCUCCAUGUUACCUCCCUGUGAAUUUUCACUGCUUACCAAAGUUGCUGGUGGUGAAGUUCAUGGGGAGGGAAGCUGCUGCAGUGCCUGGAGAACAGGUGGGUUUAUACCAGUGUGUUACUACCUGGAUAAUCACAUCGGCCCUGGCAGUGGGAAGUGCUCUGUGGCCAGGGUGUUCUCAAGAGCUGCCUCUCCCACAUAAUCAUCAAAGCAGCCCCUGGCAGAGCGUGGUCUGUCUGUCGUGGGGAUUAGCACCUGUAUGGCAGUGACAGUAGCUGUACUGCACGGUGGUUUCCCAGCAGUAGUUAUGCUGCCUUUUGGAACCAGCCCUCACUGCGGGUGCAGUGCUGCACUCAAAGUAUAAAUAUGUGGAGUUCUGUGCAGGGUCUACUAAAGUUUGCAGUAAGAGGAGUGAGAUCAGAAGACAACAAAAUAAAAUGUCACCAGUGUGAGAA